AUGCAUCUUCCCUCGUCGCUCCUCUUCCUGGCCUCCCUGCCCCUGGGCAUGGCGGCGGGCAAGGGCAAGGGCAAUGGCCCCAAGACCGGCCUCGACUGGCUGUUCGCCGAACCCGCCCAUGGCCAGUUCAACUUCACCGAGGGCGACAUCGUCACGUCACUGGCCCGCGAGAACGGCAUGUACCUGCGCUGCCACGCCCUGGUCUGGCACAGCCAGCUCGCCCCCUGGGUCGAGUCCACCGAGUGGACCCCCGAGGAGCUGCGCCAGGUCGUCGUCGACCACAUCACCAACGUCAUGGGCCACUACAAGGGCCAGUGCUACGCCUGGGACGUGGUCAACGAGGCCUUGAACGAGGACGGCACCUACCGCGAGUCCGUCUUCUACAACGUGCUCGGCGAGGACUUCCUCAAGCUCGCCUUCGAGACCGCCUCCAAGGUCGACCCCAAGGCCAAGCUCUACUACAACGACUACAACCUCGAGUGGCCCAGUGCCAAGACCGAGGGCGCCCAGCGCAUCGUCAAGCUGCUCAAGGACGACGGCAUCCGCAUCGACGGCGUUGGCCUGCAAGCCCACCUGGUCGCCGAGGACCACCCCACCCUCGACCAGCACAUUGACGCCAUUAAGGGCUUCACCAAGCUCGGCGUCGAGGUCGCCCUGACCGAGCUCGAUAUCCGUCUCCAGACCCCCGCCACACCCGAGAACCUCGAGCUGCAGAAGCAAGCCUACAAGAACGUCUGCGGCUGCAUCGGUGUCACUAUCUGGGACUUUUACGACCCUUUCAGCUGGGUCCCCUUCGUUUUCGAGGGCGAGGGCGCCGCUCUGUUGUGGUUCGAGGACUUCUCCAAGCACCCCGCCUACGAUGGCGUCGUCGAAGCCCUUACCAACCGGACCACUGGCGUCGGCAAGGGCAAGGGCAAGGCGAAGCGCGCCACCAUCUGGAGCGCCUAG